UCACUGAGGUCCCCCUAUGCCCACUCUGCCCCACAGCCUCCUGCUCCCUGGGGCUGCCCUGCAGCCAGGGGCUCCUGCACCUGCACGUGCAUGGUACCCCGUGCCGUCCCCUCCCGUGCCGUCCCCUCCUGGUGCCCGGACCCUUCCAGGCAUCCGCUUUGCACCUCUUACGCAGGGGUGGGAGGAACCCGCUUGUCACAGACUUCAUCUGUGCUUUUGUAGGUGCCUGCACGGUUUGGGAGCUUCGGAGAAGGGGGACUUGUGUGAGAGAGGGGGAGACGAGUGGAGAGAGGUGGCUGGAUCAUGGAGAAAAGAGAGGUGCCGCUUUCUCCUUGGAGGCACCCAAAGCAGAGAGAGCCAUCCAUGAUGCAACUCUUCCUUCUGCUCCUUCUCUUCCUGCUCCCAGGGAUGGAGGAGAGCAGCCGCCAAGAAGAGGACUUCCGCUUCUGCGGUGAACGAAACCAAACUGAGAACAGCUCUGUCAUCUACGAGCACAGCCCUGCCGACAUCUCCAUUGAGAACACAGCCCAGGCACUGAUAAUAAAAGGGCCCUUUUUGCCAAACCAGAGAAACUCUUAUUACAAGUACAGCUUGCCUUUGACUUUAGGCAGGUACCGCUUCUGUGUCUACUGGUUCAAGCCCAACAGGACCCUCAAGCUUGCAUAUGGAAAGCAGAACUUUCUCCUGGGAAAAGACCUGUCUGAUAAUAUCAUCUGGGGCAAAGAAAAUCAGAAGACUGAAAAGAACAGCAGCUUUAUCUUCAGCGCGUCCUAUAUUUUCAAGGGCCAGAAGAACACCUCCCUUGACAGCGCAUCUCAUUACUUCUUCCCUGUCCCUCCAGAAAACAUGCCUGUCUGGGAGCAAGAUGUGGAAAAGGAGCUAACCGACUUAGAUAGCCUCAUGGGGCAGCCCCCUGUGGCAGCUGCACGAGUCCCAGCACACAGGACCCUUCGCAACAAACUGCAGGAAUUUGAGAAGAAGCUGGCCAAGGUGGAGUUUGAAGGGCAGAACCGGACCUUUGGGCAGGCAGCCAUGCAUGCGACUGUCCUGAAGAUCGAACUUGGUCGAGCUCCUCAGGACGUCGCCUUUGCUUCCCGGAGAGAGGAGGGCAGAGAGGUCCAUGGGUUUGCGGUGGACCUGCCAAGAAGCCUGUUCAUGAAGGUGAAGGGCAGGGAAGAGAUGGUGGAGCACAGGGUGCUCCUCCUGGACAUCAACAGCCAGACCAUGUUCCAGGAUGAAAACAGCAGUCGUGUCCUGGGUGACAAGGUAGUCGGCAUCUCCCUGGUGAACACAGUAGUGGCCAAUCUCUCUGACCCUGUGGUCCUCACUUUCUUCCACAACCAGCUGCCGAGGAAUGUGACCCCACUGUGUGUCUUCUGGCAGGAGGACACCACCACAUACUUUGGUAACUGGAAUAGCUACGGUUGUACAACAGUGAAGAGGGAUAACCAGACAGACUGCAGAUGCAACCACCUCACCUACUUUGCUGUACUGAUGGUAUCCUCCCCGGAGAUCGCCUAUAUACACAGGGAUUACCUGAGUAUCAUAACAUACAUUGGCUGCCUUAUCUCAGCUUUGGCAUCCGUUUGCACCAUCUUCUUCCUCUACUUCAGAAGCAAGCAACGAGACCAAAUCACAAGCAUGCACAUCCACAUGAAUCUACUGGGUGCCAUCUUCCUCCUGGACAUCAACUUCCUCAUCUCGGAGCACUUGGCUUCCAGCAGCAGUGAGGCAACCUGCAGAGCUGGGGGACUAUUUCUACACUUCUCUCUUCUGAGCUGCCUGACGUGGAUGGGCAUUGAGGGCUACAACCUGUACCGGCUUGUGAUUGAAGUCUUCAAUGCCUACCACAAUCACUUCCUCCUCAAGCUCUGCCUGGUGGGCUGGGGUCUUCCCUUUUUUUGUGUGACGUUGAUCUUCUUUGCUAACUGGACGAACUACGGCCCAUUCUCCAUUCCGGUGUAUGAAUCCAUUGGGGGCAAAUCCACCAAUGCAACCAUAUGCUGGAUCACGAGUCCUCUGAUCCACAACAUAGUGAACCUGGGUUUCUUCAGCCUGGUGUUCCUCUUUAACUCGGUCAUGUUGGGGGCCAUGGUCCGAGAGAUCCUCAGGCAGAACAAGAAAGGCCACAAGUUAAAGCACGUCCUAGCCCUCUUUGGGCUGUGUGUCCUGCUGGGCAUCCCAUGGGCUCUGGUCUUCUUUUCCUUCACCUCCGGUGUCUUCCGCCUUGUCUCCCUCUACAUCUUCACCAUCAUCAACUCUCUCCAAGGUUUCCUCAUCUUCCUCUGGUACUGGACAAUGGUGCUGCAGGCGAAAAAGUCCCCUGACUCCCAGAACAGCUCUGACAGCAUGAAACUGCAGCCCAACAGCAGCCAAACCCAUCCUGACUGAGUCCUCGUGCUGCCAGCGCCGCGGGGCUCCCUCGCCAGCACAGCUCUGGGCCGAGGCUGGGUCUCCCAGCAAGGAGGAUGCCGCAGGGAGGGAGCUGAAGCCGUCACGCUUUGCUACUGCACCUGCCCCACACGGCUACUAGGAAUGCAGAGAAACCUGCACUGGGGUCUGGCUGUGCAGAGCCCGGCACUGUCUGUGGCUGAACUCUCCCGCCUGCUUCCCGCUGCACCCAUGCACCCCGGCCGCAGCGAGUGCUACCCUUUGCCCAGCACCCACCGAUGCCACUUUGCCUCACCUUCGCCCCGUGUGAGGCAGAGGAGAGCCUGCCACAGCCUGGGCUCUGGGGUCCCACCAGGGCAGUGGGUGCGCCCUCAGCCAGCAGCCCCCUCCCUGCACCUGUGUGGGGCAGAGCCGUGGGGGACGGGGCUGGCUCCCAGAUGGAAGGACGUGCACGGCAUGAGCCAGGCCCUCCUCGCUCGCACUGGGAACGAGAGCUGCAGCGACAGGCGGAGGACAGAGCCAGGGUCUCCCGUGCCUCCUGAUGUCUCCUCCAUUGUGCCCAGGCCCGUCCUCUGCAUUUGUCAUGGGGCAGCGGGUGGGAGAGGUCCCAUCUUCUUCCGGCAGUAGUGGUUACUGAGAGGGUAUUUCCCCGGCAAAGACUGAAUAACUCUGCCCCUGCGACACCCUCUAGCAGCUGAAAUAAUCUAUUUUUGUUAUUUUGUUGAAUGGGUCUAUAUACCCAUAUAUUUUUAUAUGUUAUAGAAGCUUAACGUGUGCGCUCGUACAUUAGAAUUGUGCCCAUUAAAAACGU